AAAAAUUUAUAUAUACCUUUCUACUCAUCAACAGCUUCUGAGUGCAAAUUGAGGCAAUAAUUGGGGUUUUCUUAAUCCAUUUUUCAGUCAGAUCUAAGCAAAGUUAAUGUUAACGUAAAAAUAGAGUAGAUGGUGUGAGACCAAGAUCUUUAUUGAUAGAGAGUGUUUACCAUAGAGGGAGAAUGAUAGUGGAAAAUAAUCUCCUUCCCUAGGUUGAUCCUAGAGGUAUUUAUAGGAUGCUUAAAUACAGUUAUUCUAGGAAUAUAAUUUUAUUUAAUUGGUGUUUGGGUAUUCUUAUCCUAUCAGGAUUUAUUCUAUCCUUACAUUGAUAGGAUUAUCUCUAAAUUGUCUACACGUGUCCUAAUUAUCAUAGGACUUGCUUUUAGGGUAUAACAAUUAAGAAAAAAAAUAUAAAAAAGAGAUUGUUUGAUUUUAAGAAGGCAAAAUAAAAACCUAGAAAACUUUUUCCAGCAAACCUGAUUUCCUGCAAGUUCCCAUAUGUACAACCCACUGGGGAUUUUGAGUCGCGGAAAUGGUUUCCUUUUUACACAUUCCACCCGUGGUAAUACGGCGAAUCCUUGCCGUGCCUAUAUCAUUUGUUGCAGGCAAUAUUCCAAAAAGACAAAAGCUGGUGAUUCUUGUUUUUGAACUCCAUUUUUCUUGGAGAGGUUUUGGGAAGAAAAAUAAGUCAGGAAAAUGUGCUUUGCCAUGCGGAAGUGAUGGAAAAAUAUAGGAAUGAAAGCAAGGUAGGAAU